AUGCCAUCAGGGUCCCGUCACAUCGAGGGUGACGAGAUGCAAGUCACCUUCGCCCUGUCAAAUUUUACGGGACGAGCAAAUACUUGGGCCUUAGAGCUCAAGCUUCACGACCCAAACGUGUUUGAGUCGUCAGAGAUCUUGAAGUCUCGGCUUAAAGAGACGUUUGAGCCACCAAGAGCCGAGUUCAGAGCACGCUCUGCACUCCUGAGGUUAAAGCAAGGCAAGCGUGACGUGCAUGCUUACGCACAGCACCUGCGCUACCUUGCAAGUCGCGUUACGGAGAACCCUGUUGAUGAGCACACGCUCAUUUAA